AUGGGUGAUUCAGAGUUUGCCUAUGGUUCUUCUAUGUCGGUGGAUUCUAUGAAAACCAUUGCUGAGAGUAUAGGAAUAGCAAAUUUGGGCGAUGAUGCUGCUAAAGAACUGGCAGACGAUGUCACAUACCGAUUAAAACUUAUUGUACAGGAUAGUAUGAAGUUUAUGCAUCAUUCCAAGAGACAAAAGUUAUCCAUAACUGAUAUAGACAAUGCUUUGAAAAUCAAAAAUAUUGAGUGCCAAUAUGGAUUUAUUCAGCCAGAUUCAUUACCAUUUAGAUUUGCGUCAGGUGGAGGAAGGGAAUUGCAUUUUGUGGAGGAGAAAGAAGUAGAUUUAUCAGAUAUAUUGUCAGCUCCUCCACCUAAAAUACCUCUGGAUGUAUCAGUACGUGCUCAUUGGUUGAGUGUAGAUGGUGUUCAACCUACGGUGCCAGAAAACCCACCUCCAUUAUCCAAAGAAGCACAAAAAUUGGAAUCAGUUGACCCUAUAAGCAAAUUGAGCAAACCUACUAAUAAGGAUGCGGCAGGUAAACCAAUGUGUGGUAAAGCAGCUCGAUUGAAAGCCUCAGAGUCGGUCCACGUGAAGCAGCUAGCCACACACGAGCUGAGUGUGGAACAACAGUUGUACUACAAAGAAAUCACUGAAGCUUGCGUGGGGAGCGAUGAAGGACGCCGUGCGGAAGCCUUGCAGUCACUGGCUUGUGACCCUGGCCUUCAUGAGAUGUUACCGAGAAUGUGCACAUUUAUAUCUGAAGGCGUCAAAGUGAAUGUGGUGCAAAAUAAUCUCGCUCUGCUUAUAUACCUGAUGCGCAUGGUCAAAGCUUUACUUGACAACCAAUCUCUGUAUCUAGAGAAGUAUUUGCACGAACUGAUCCCGUCGGUAUCGACAUGCAUCGUGUCGCGGCAGCUCUGUCUGCGUCCGGAAAUGGACAACCACUGGGCUCUCCGUGACUUCGCUGCCAGGCUCAUGGCGCAGAUUUGCAAAACAUUCAAUACAUCCACUAACAACCUACAGACAAGGGUCACCAGGUUAUUUGCUAAAGCCCUUCAGUGUCCGUCACAGACAAACAACGAAACUGGCGUAGGCCCGUCAAUGGUUACCUCUAUGAAAGAAUCUGAAAAAACACCUCUAGCGUCUCUGUACGGAGCCGUUCAAGGCUUAGCCGAACUUGGGCCAGAAGUUAUCAAAGUGUUCAUUUUGCCUCGGGUGCGAUGGCUGGGAGAGCGCGUGGAGGGCGCACUAAGCGGGCUGGGCGGCGCCGACAGGCUGGCGGCUGGCAACCUCAAGCAUCAGCUGCUCAAGGUACUGGCGCCCGUCGUGCGCCAGCUGCGCCAGCCCCCGGACUUGCCGGAAGAAUACAAACGUGACUACGGGUAUUUGGGCCCGAGCCUGCAGCAGGCAGUGGGCAAGAUCCGUUCGUCCCCGUCGGGCGGCGGCGGCGGCGGCGCGGUGGCCGUGGUGACGUGCACUCCGCCGCUGGUGCCCGCCGCGCCCUCGCCCUCGCACCACUCCUCGCACAUCUCACACGGCGCCAAGACUGUCGAGACGAUAGCGACUCGUAACGUAGUAAUCAGUGCUGCGCCAGCGCCACAGUCGCCCGCGCCCUCUACACCGCCGCCACAGAAGUUUGUCAUUGUGUCCCAGCAAAAGGCGCCACAGGUGGUCAAUACUCAGCCAGCUAGCGGCGGCCAUAUUGUCGUACAUAGCUCGCAGCCUGCUAUCGUCCGCAGCCAGAAUGUUCAGUCGGUGGUGGUGACGAGCGGGCCGGCGGGCGGCGCGGCGGGCGGCGCGGCGGGCGGCCCGCAGAAGGUCGUGGUGGUGGGCGUGCAGCCGCCGCACCACCUGGCGCCCGCCGCCGCACCCGCGCAAACCUCCGCACUCACCGCCGCGCACGUCAGCCAGGUACCUCUACAAUCUCUUAACACUUCUUCACGUCAUCUACGAUUACUAAAUUAUUAUAUUUAUGUUUAUUGUUUCGUUUUUUACACUAGGUUAAAAUUAUUUUAUCCUAACAUUAUUAAUUUAUAG